AUGGCUGAACGAGAACAACCUUAUGACCCCUACAUCCCCUCGGGGGGACAAGGCGGUGGUGGUGCGCAGCCGGGUGGCAAUCAAAGAACGGCUGCACUACAAGCGCAAAUCGACGAUACCGUCGGAGUGAUGCGUGAAAAUAUCAACAAAGUCUCCCAAAGAGGCGAGCGAUUAGACUCCCUCCAAGAUAAGACCGAUAACCUUGCCGUCUCCGCUCAGGGAUUCCGACGAGGGGCAAAUCGAGUUCGAAAACAGAUGUGGUGGAAGGAUAUGAAGAUGCGCAUGUGUUUGAUUGUUGGCAUAAUCGUUCUUCUCAUUGUCAUCAUCGUCCCAGCCGGUACGUUUAUCGAUUGCAGGAACAUGAAAAUCGCCUACUGA